GCGGCCCGGCAACCGCUGGAGUAGCGCCGCCUUUGUUCGGAGCGCGCGUCCCUGCGGUGCCCGGCGCUCGGCCGGCGCCCGGUCCAUGCGGCUGGGGGCCUGCGCGUGGGCUCCGAGCGGAGGCGGCGGCGCCGGGCGGCAUGCGAUGGGGAACUGCUGCUGGACGCAGUGCUGCGGGCUGCUCCGCAAGGAAGCGGGGCGGCUGCAGCGCGCAGGCGGGGGAGGAUCCAAGUACUUUAGAACAUGCUCUAGGGGUGAGCACUUGACUAUAGAGUUUGAGAAUCUAGUAGAAAGUGAUGAAGGAGAGAGCCCAGGAAGCAGUCAUAGGCCUCUUACAGAGGAAGAAAUUGUUGACCUACGAGAGAGGCAUUAUGAUUCUAUUGCUGAAAAACAGAAAGAUCUUGAUAGGAAAAUCCAGAAAGAGUUAGCCUUACAAGAAGAGACGCUAAGACUAGAGGAAGAAGCUUUAUACGCUGCACAGCGUGAAGCAGCCAGGGCAGCAAAGCAGCGAAAGCUCACGGAGCAAGGAAGGCGGAGAGUUGUGCAUCAGUAUCACCACCCCAGCAAUGGUGACCAUCCGAGCUCAGGACCAGAAGAUGACUUUGAAUCUUGUAUGAGAAAUAUAAAAUCCCAGUAUGAAGUUUUUCGAAGUAGUAGACUCUCCUCAGAUGCCACAGCACUGACACCAAAUACAGAAAGCAGCAGUGACUUAAUGACCAAGACAAGAUCCACCAGUGGAAAUGACGACAACACGUCCUUAGACCUGGAGUGGGAAGAUGAGGAAGGGAUGAACAGAAUGCUUCCUGUGCGGGAACGCUCCAAGACAGAGGAGGACAUCCUUCGGGCCGCUCUGACAUCCAGCAGCAGGAAGACCGGAAGUAACCCCACGUCCACCUCGGAGGACUCCAACGGGCUGGAGUGGGAGAACGACUUCGUCAGUGCCGAAGUGGAUGACAAUGGCAAUUCCGAGUACUCCGGCUUCGUAAACCCUGUGUUCGAACUGUCCGAUUCUGGCAUAAAACAGUCGGACGCCCAUCAGCAGAUUCGAUAGUGUAGAACUGUUUGAGCCUGUUCAUCAGUUCUGACCAAAGGUUAAAAACCAACCAGAAUGUAGCUGUGGUUGCUGAGCCUUGUGUCGGGGUGAGGAGCCGUGCUGUGAGUGUCCUUUUAUGAGAAAGUGUAAGAGUGUAGGAUAGAUCCGAAUUGCUUCAGAAUUAAGUGCAAUUUUAUCAUCUGCCUUCUGCAUUGUAAGACCAAUUUAAUGUCAUGUUAUCAAUUAAAUUUCUAUUAACUCUUUACAGCAUCCCUGUUCACUCUUGUAGAUUUUCUCAUUUUAAAAAUCUUUAUUAAUUUUACUUUGAAUGCUUUCCCAAGCCUAUUUCUCUAUCUAUUGUGAAAAUCUGACAGUAUUUUUUUGUGAAUGCUCAGCAGAUGUGAAGGGAGCGUGAGGAGGGAUUGUCAGGUUCAGACUUAGGACAGUUUCCCUUUCCUACCAGUGUUUAUUCUAGGACUUCUUAGAAUUCUGUUCUCUAAUAGGAAGCACAAUUGAUUUGAGUAGAUGACCUAAGAAAUGCUGAAGGAUCACUUUCUUUCUCAUUUGUUACAUAUGCUAGUAUGAUGAUACCGAUUCAGUCUGAACAAAAUAUCAAAAAUAAUAAGCUUUCAGAGUUUGAACAUUUUAAGUCGGUAAUAAUAAAUAUUUUUAAAAUCCAUUUAGGAUUUAUACUUCUUUUAUAUGCAAAUAUAUUGAUUUUAAAUUGAUAUAUUAAGUUUUCAGGUGUCAUUUUUUUACUUCUGUAUUUCCAGUGAGUGAUCUUAGAAAGAUUUCACACAGAACAUUAUUCUCUGAAUGACUUAAGAAAGGAAAAUGUAAAAAGGUAAUACGGGUAUUUCAAAGUAAAUAAAAGCCUUUCUGGUAUGAAAGGCCCUGAUUUAUUACACUCUCCUUUGCCUUGGAGCACGAGGUGCUCUGAGGGGUGGAAGCAGCGUGUCACUACGUAUAACUGCAUUUUGUGAUGGAAAUUCAGCUCUCUUUGCCCUGAAGUUUACGCAUCGAUAGGAAAGUGGAAGAUGUGAAACACCCUAACUGCUUUCCUUGAUUUUGCUGAGGAUUGAGUGUGAGUUUAGUUAGCCAACUCUUUCUGUUUUCCUUCUCUUGCAACAGUGACAGUGCAUGUUCUCAAAAAUACAGGACGGUCCAGAAAUAAAUGGUAAUUUAAAGUUCUUGCUGUAUUAAAAAAUCACAUGGACUUUCAAUAUUUGAACUGCUAGGCAAUGACAACUGUAGUUUUAUUUUGUCCUUUUUUUAAUCUCAUAGAAAUAAAUGACACUUUAAUAUGUAAAUACAGUAACUAGCUAAUGCUGUUAUUUAUGUCAACUUAAGUUGCAGCUGUGUCCCUGGAAACCCUUAAAGGUUCUCUGUCCACAUUGCCUGUGUGAUGCUUUCUAAGGUUUAUAUACAUCAGAUGUAUAUUUUUGGUUGGCAUAAGCUACUAUUGUAAUUGUUUUUGGUUCAUAAAGAAUUUUCUGAUGGAAUGGUAACUUCUCAAGGACUGUGAAUAAACACAUUUUUACAUUUAAAAAUAAA